UCUUUCAUCCUCACGGUGGCUUCGUAGAGUGGGUGCUGUUCCCGAAUGUACCCAUUCGACAGGUGAGACGUCUGGGGUCAGAGAGGCGGUAACCGGCCCGAAAAUCCGGACAUGACCCUGGGUUUUGCUCUCAGCCCUGCUGUGUGCCGUGCUAGACUUCAGGCCUCAACCCUGUGACCUCCCUGCUCGAGAUCCCAAAUCUGCCCAGAUUUCCGAUCCCGAUGGGGCAGAGCCUGGCCCUGGUAGAGACACUGGGAUGGAUCCACUGUGGGUGAGGAGGAGGGAAGGGUCCUCAGAACACACCUGGGGCCUAAGCUGGGUCCUGAUGGUCACUGUGGGACCACUGGACAACACACGGUCCCUUGUCUGGGAGUGGCAUGGGGAGCCUUCUGCCCUUGGGCAGUUGUGGAAAGUGAAGGAGCCCUGGAGGGCUGGCUGAGGGGAGACUAUCUUCCCUUGUGUUCGAAGGGGUCCAGGCACUGGGCUUCUCCCCAAGUGUUUCUUAUUCCGUCUGGCCUCGCUUUCCUUUUGCCCUGAGUAUUCUCAGGAGGGACGGUCCAUCUAGAUGUCCUCCAGGAGCAAGGACCCACUGUUCUUCAUCAGUGACCCAGGAAAAUGAAGCCCCCUCCUAUAGGGACAGCUCAGAAUGGUGGAGUCCACAGUCCCUCCCCGAGAGAUGUGGUGUCCAUGAGCGCAGUGGCUGCUUUGGAGACAGUAGAUCAUUUUCAUCCCUCAUCCCCAAAACCAAACACACUCCCGCUCAAAUGGCGUUAUUCCUAAAGCAGCUUCACUGGUUAGCCCGAAGGGCCACGGUAGCCCAAGUGAUGAGCGAGGUAGAACGGAGCAGUCAGGAGAGAUCUUGUUCCCCAUAGGAAACUGGGCAUCUCUGUGGCCCUGAGUAUCCCAGGAGGCCGAUCGUACAGAGACCUCUGGUGCCUGACCCCAGUUCGCAUCCACAACCCCGGAAUAGCCCAUCGCAGGCCCUUCACCCUUGGCUGGUGGACACCAUUCAACCUGCCGGGGCAGGAUGAACGUGGUGGAGGAUGCGGAGAGUUGGCGGGCGCAGGAGCGAGAGGACAUCAUCAGGAAAUAUGCAAAGGGGCACCGAGCCGGGCUGCCAGAGGACAAGGGGCCUGUGCUUAUCGGAAUGUUCGAACACGUGGAUCCGUUUGGGAUUGUGCAUGAGACGGAGCUGCCUCCUCUGACUGCGCGGGAGGCAAAGCGAACUCGGCGCGAGACAAGGAGAAACAGCAAGUGGCUGGAGAUGCUGGGCAAAUGGGAGACGUACAAGAACAGCGAAAAGCUCAUAGAUCGCACAUACAAGGGGAUUCCCAGGAACAUCCGGGGCCGGGCAUGGUCAGUCCUCCUGAACGUUCAGGAAAUCAAAUCAAAAAACCCCGGCAAAUACAAGCUCAUGAAGGAGAAGGGCAAGAGGUCAUCUGAACACAUCCAUCAGAUCGACCGGGAUGUUAGCAGGACUCUCCAGAACCAUGCCUUCUUCAGGCGUCGAUAUGCAGCCAAGCAGCGGGAACUCUUCUACAUACUCCUGGCAUAUGCGGAGUAUAACCCGGAGGUGGGCUACCGCAGGAACCUGAGCCACAUCGCCGCCUUGUUCCUCCUGUAUCUGCCUGAGGAGGACGCAUUCUGGGCCCUGGUGCAGCUGCUGGCCAGUGAGAGGCACUCCCUGCAGGGAUUCCACAGCCCAAAUGGCGGGACAGUCCAGGGGCUCCAAGACCAUCAGGAGCAUGUGGUACCCACGUCACAACCCAAGACCAUGUGGCAUCUGGACCAGGACAUAGACGCUGGUCUAUGCGGGCAGCAUCUCUCGUUAGGCUGGCUUCUCCGGACGUUAAUGAAGAUCUCUCUCGGGCUGACCCUGCGCCUGUGGGACGUUUACCUGCUACAAGGAAAACAAGCACAGAUGCACAUGACCAGCAUUGCAUUCGAGGUGCAGAGCAAGCGCCUCAAGGAGACCAGUUCCGGCCUGUGCGCAUGCAUCGCGAGCCAGUUCUGCCAUCACUGGGCCAGGGAUGAUGACACAGUGCUCAAGCACCUCAGGGCCUCUGUGAACAAACGAGGGAGGAAGCAAGCGGACCUGCCACCCCCAGCCAAAGCCGAGCAAGGGUCCUCGGCACCCAGGCCUGUGCCAGCUUCACGUGGCGGCAAGACCCUCUGCGAGGGGGACAGGCAGGCCCCUCCAGGCCCACCAGCCCAGUUCCAGCAGCCCAUUUGGUCAGCUUCCCCGCCAAGGGCACCUCGUUCUUCCACACCCCGUCCUGGUGGGGCUGUCUGGGAAGACACCUACCCUGUGGGCACUCAGUGUGUGCUCAGCCCGGCCCUGGCUCAGGGAGGACCUCAGGGUUCCUGGAGACUGCUGCGGUGGAACUCCAUGCCCUGUCUCCCGACGGACCUGGAUGCAGGGGACCCUUGUUUUCUCCAUUAUGAUUUCCAACAGAGCUACUGGGUCCGUGCCAUAUCCCAGGAGGACCAGCUGGCCACCCGCUGGCAGGCUGAACACUCUGCCGAGGGAGUGAGAUUGGCUUUCCCUGCGCCCAGCACUGAUUCCGACCAGGACACCUCCUUCGCAGCUAGGGACGAGGAGCAGUGCACUCCCAUCUCAGGGCCUUAUUAUUUAGUUAAUAGGAUUGUACUCAUGUUACAUUUCUCAAUUUUUUUUAAGAGAUAAAGUCUCACGCUGUCACCCAGGCUGGAGUGCGGUGGUGCAAUCAUGGCU